AUGAAAAUUGAAAAAGAGGUCGCCGUAGGACGCGGCAGAAAUAUUUCAAACUCCGAUUUCGAGAGUUCUAGGGCUCGGGGACGUAGGUGGCCCGGAGUUGCCUACAAGGCUCUCGGGGGUACUUGGUUUAAAGCUUACCAAGAGCACAAAUCUCAAGACAAAGAAGAGCCCUCUGAAACCUACGCUAGCGAAGAUGAAUAUGGAUACGAUUUCGAAAACGACCGGGUCAAGAAAAGCCCAUAUGAUCGAGGUUCUGGCGUAGACGAGGAGGACGAGCUUAAAAACGAGGACGGUUCGAGUUUCGGCCAGAUUUAUCCGGCAAACCAAAUUCGACUGCCUGGAGUAGUAGGUCAGAUCGAUGGCAAUGCAGAAAAGCAGUACUCUCAAAUCAGACUUGUCGAUCCAAAACGAAAAUCAUCUGACUCCGGCGACAUUGAAUCAGUGUAUUCACUUGCACCUACACAUCAAUCGUCCAUUGAAUCUCCGUCGCCCCCACCGACAUUCGGGCUACCUUUUCAGAUUUCUCCCACUCGGCCUAAGGAUAUGCCACCCCGGAAAUUCUAUCUGGCUUCGCAACUUGCCUUCCUCCUCAGCUUGACCCGUCAAGAAUUCAAAAUUAUCCAGGAAGUUGCGCAGACAGUUUUCGAGGCCAAUCCAAUCCUUCUCGAUAUACACUGGGGCACGCUUUCGAACAAUCAAGGGGUUCGGGAUGGAGUUUCCGCCAGUAUUCGAGCAAAUUUGCCGUAUCACAUACUACACAAAUUGAUGUAUCAACGCAGCGACAAAGCUGGAUAUCUGGUAUAUAGACUCUUUUGCACACAGAAGGCUAUAAUCAAAGCCAAUCUGGGCAGAGCCAACAAUCUUACGCAAAAUCAUCUCUCGUCAAUGGAGAGCUCUGAUCACCAGGAUGAUAUUGAAGAUCAAGAGACUAAGUUCCAUAUCCAACCCCCUCCGAUGGUUGAGCCACGACUUUGCAACACGAAUUCCAAUCUUCUGGGAUCAGAUGGAAACUUACACCGACGCCGAAACUCCGACUCUAAAGCCAAUAUAUUAUUCUGCAAGCCCCAUGGCCUAACUAGAUGGUCAUUUGGUGGAAUCGGCAACUUAUUUUGGCCAGGUGAUAACGAGAUUGGGGUUGCUUAUGGCUUCGUCUCACCAGACGGCUCAUCAACAAUUUCUGACGAAUCCGAGGAUAGAGAGCUAGAUGUCUAUGAACAUGUUGGUAACGAGAUUUUCAUCAGCAUCGUUUCUUUUGUCCGAGGUUUUAUGGUCCUCGUUUGUCUUGCAGCUUUGGUUGGAUUCUGCAUUAGCUAUAGCGUCGCACUGGUGGAUGAGUAA